CCCAAAAAGAAAAAAAGAAGAGAAAAUCUUAUGGGUUUAAACUGAAGACCCGGUUCAAUUCCUGCGCCAUAACCCAGAAGCGCGAUCUAGGUCCUCAGUUCUUCGCCUCCUCCACUGCACCAUCUAGUAUCUUCUUGAAAGCUCAAAGGUAGAAGAUGGUAGGGAUACAAGAUUAUGCGUAAGGAUACAGAAGGGUUAAACUCGUUCUCAGGACUCCAAUGGCUAGCAGAAAGUUAGUUCGAGAUUUUUUGUUCUCCAAAAGACCACUCAUUGUUCAUAAGCUCAUAGAGCCUCAGCAGGUGUUUUCAAGCAGAGGCGCAACGAGUUUGAGAUCAUUGCAAGGAUAUGGCUAUAAGGGUAAUCGGCAAUUCAGCGUUUUCAAUGAGUUUUCUCAGAAAUUAAAAAGCGAUGUUAGCAGCAACAAGGAGUUUCAACAGUCCGUCAAGGAACUGAAGGAUAAAGCAGAAGAACUUAAAGGAGUCAAAGAAAAUCUAAAAGCAAGAACAAAGCAGACUACUGAAAAGCUUUACAAGCAUGUCGAUGGUGUCUGGACCGAAGCUGAGUGUACUGCUAAAAAGGUAUAUUCUAACAUGGGGGAAAAGGUUUCUGCUGCAAAGGAAGAGGUCAAAGAAACUUUUGGAUUUGGGAAGCAAGAGCCUGAUGCAUCAAAAUGUAAUUCUGACAAUUCUAGCUCAAAACCCAAAGAGGAAACAGUUUUUGGAAGGGUUAAGUCUGCUGCGUCUUCACUUUCUGCAAUGGUCUCGCCAUCCAUCCAGAAACUAAAGGACGCAAAACCAAUUGAAGUAGCUAAGAAAGGAUAUGGCGUUAUAUUGGAUGAGUUAAAAGGUACUGCAAGAAAGAGGAAGCAUCUUGAAGCUCCUGUAGAAUCCGCCCCGAAAGUGAACAUUCAGCGGAGCACAAGGACAGAUGUUACUGUUUUGCCCUCAAAUGAAACCAUAUGGAGUAGGAAAUGGCAAGCAUUCAAGGAUACGAUUCAAGGCCAUCGUGUUUUCAAGUACAUCCGGGUAGCGAGCAAACCUGUCGUUACAAAGAGUCAAGAGAUUGCGGAAGAUAUUCGGGAAAGAUGGGAGACUAGUGAUCAUCCCGCGGUACAAAAAAUCCAAGAUAUAAAUGAAACCGUCUUUGGGGAAUCAUCUUCUGCAUUGUCAUUUAAGGAAAUACGUCGCAGAGAUCCGACAUUCUCUUUACCAGAUUUUGUUUCUGAGGUUCAAGAAGUUAUAAGGCCAGUCCUUGAAGCUUUCCAUAAGGCAGAUAUCGAAGUACUUCAAAAAUAUUGCAGUCCCGUGAUGGUCAAGCGGUGUGAAGCGGAGCAUAAUGCUUACAAAAGUCAGGGUUAUGUUUUUGAUCAUAAAAUCCUCCAUAUUGCUGACGUUGAAGUUCGGGAAAUAAGAUUGAUCGGGGAUACUCCCAUAAUCAUUCUAGCGUUCCAAACGCAACAGGUCUAUUGUGUACGCAAUGGAUUGGGCUCCAUAGAAGAAGGAGGAAAGGACGCUAUCCACACGGUGUACUAUGCAUGGGCAAUGGAACUCGUAGAGGCAGAAGACGUUCAGCCGCUAUGGCGUCUUAACGAGAUGCACCAGUUUGGAGUCACCGCCCUCAUUUAACAAAACAACAUUUUAUACAUUGUUGUUUCUUCCUCUGUAAGCCUUUGUAUCAGUUGUUGUUCUCCUUGAGGAAUAUUUUUUUUAUAAUUUCUUUUGCUCUUUUUUGUUUUUUUUCCUUUAAUUUUGAGUCACCAUUGUCAAUUCCAAUAUCUGAUGUUUCAAAAUGCUUUGUUUGUUUCAUUUCCAAUAAAUUAUUUUUUACAGU